AUGAGGAACAUGUUUGGGAUGAAGCUAGAUUACAACACUUCGUAUAGAGCUUUGUUAUCUGCGCAAGAGUUGGUGAGAGGAACAGCAGAAGAUGGAUAUGAGAAUCUGCCUUCUUAUUUGCGUCAGAUCGAGAUAUCGAAUCCGGGAACUGUCACAUGUCUUGUGAAAGAUGGUGAAAACAGAUUUAAGUAUCUAUUCCUAUCUUUUGCAGCUUCGAUAGCUGGUUUUAACUAUCUUAGGAGGGUUAUUGUGGUGGAUGGGACUCAUCUAUGUGGAAAGUAUGAAGGAGUUAUGCUAGUUGCUGCUGCCCAAGAUGGUAAUUUUCAGAUUUUUCCAUUGGCUUUUGCGAUUGUGGAUGCGGAGAAUGAUGAGUCGUGGGAAUGGUUUUUUACCCAAUUGCGGAGAUGUGUUUCAGAUCAGUAUGCUUUGGUGAUAGUUUCUGACAGGCACGGUUCCAUUAAGAAGGCGUGUGAGAAGGUUUUCCCUUGGGCAAGGCGAGGAAUAUGCUAUUAUCAUCUACAACAGAACAUAGUCCAAAAGUUCAAGGGAAAGCACAUGUUGUACUUGGUCAAAGGCGCUGCUUAUGCACAUACGCUUUUCGAUUUUAACCACUACAUGGAUGAGAUACGGAGUAUAAACCCAAACCUUGCAACAUAUUUGGAGAGUGCUGAUGUCUCGUUAUGGUCACGAGUUCCUACAUGGAUGAGAUACGGAAAGCUAGGAAGGUGGUUCUUUAUAAGAAGAGAAGAUGCUUUGAGUCUCACAUCACAUCAUAGUCGGGGAAUCGAAAACUUGUUGGCUAUUCGUGAAGAGUAUGCAGAUAUGAUGAAUGUGGAGCGUAUUGAUGGUUGGCGAUUUGUUGUGAGAGGAGGACAUCGAGAUUGUGUUGUUGACUUGGAACUUCAGAGGUGUCAAUGUGGUGUGCUUGAUAUUGAGAAGAUACCUUGUUCACAUGCCAUUGCAGCUGCAAAGGAUGCAAAUAUUCAUGUCACUACGCUUGUAUGCCCAUCCUAUUCAAAGAAUUAUCUUUAUGCAGCAUACGCGGCAAAUAUAUAUCCCAAAAGUGACGUUUUGGAAGCUCCCAACACUGAUGACACAUCACCUGCCAAUGAAGAAGAAGCUCCCAACACUGAUGACACAACACCUGCUAAUGAAGAAGGAGCUGAUAAGGCACGCAAAUGUCUUCCUCCAGAGGUCAACCGUGGAAGGGGUAGGCAAAAGAAUUCGAGGUGGCAGUCUUGGCUAGAAAUUUCCAGGAUGAGGGGAAACCAACCGCGAAACCUGCACAAGGAUUAUAGUUGCUCCCAGUGCAAACAACCAGGUCACACUCGUCCUAACUGUCCAGGUUAA